AUGGUACGAGUGUUCAGGAGGCAUGCUUCGGCUUCGGCCAGGCGUGCACCAAGCAGGACCGCCAAAAGGAAUGCUCAGAAACAUAAAGUGAUCAUGGAAUCUAUCACGCAAGAAAAGAAAAAACUCCGGAGUGUCAUUUCGUUUGAAACAAAAGCGCCCCCAGGUUAUACCUUCAUUUCAGCAGGCAAUCCUCAGGUCACAAACGCUUGUAAAGAGCUUUGUCGCAAAGAUGGUUUGAAGAUCUAUGCUGUUACGACAACCCCUCACAUGCGCGCCCACAAUCUCUCUCAACACGUGCACCGGAUUGGAUUUCACUUUCCAAGUGCGGUUGUUGCUACUGUAUGUAUGAAUCUGGGGUUAUCUCUCACAGCAGCAGGGAGGGUUGUGCCCGUCCAUGGUGUUGGCGGUCACAUUAGAUCCGACAGCCAAGAACUCUCUCAGAUAGAGAUCAACACUGAGGCCAGAGACGCUCUAAGGGAUCUCUUCCCUAACAUACCAGACAACGAUUUGAACCAGAUAAUCAAAACAGCAUUUCAGAAGGGCCAACAAAAAGUUGGCACAGCCCUUGAAUUGCCACUCGCUCGCCGUGCGCAGUUGGCAGUAGUGGCACACAUUCGUCAUGUUUACACUAAUUACGACCGUCUGUUGAAGAUGACCUCUUUCCACGAAGCAAGAAGCCUAGUUGAGGAAUCAACGUUGGCAAAAUUGGUGGCAUGGCGUGGAGAUGACGAAAAUGGGAAAACAGUCCUGGAGGAUGUUUUUAGGGAAGUCAUUGUUAUCUCUGAUGAUGAUGAUGACACUGAGUCUGACGAAGACGAAAACGGCCCGCCGUCUACCAAGCGGGAUCAUAGUGUGGAAUAUGUAUCCAGCAGAGCACGCGCCGUGGAACUCCCAACAAAACAGAUUGACUUUGCGGAUCCAGCUUCGCGGGCCCCCAUACGAGAGUUGUCCGAGGAUGAGGCACCAUCAGGCUUCCGUGUUAUUCCACAAGUACCCAAAAGGAACAAGGUCGAUCGCCGGGGAUUCAGCAGAUACCAGGCCUGGGACCGUGCUAUCAAUCGUUACAGAGAUUUUGCAAACGCCACUGACACCAGGCUUUAUGGCAGCUCAACUGACCAGCAGAGACCUUACUCCCUACAGCAACCACCACAUGGUGUUGAAGUAGGCACAGGAUCUAUGGAUCAACCUACAUCCUUCGUGUACACUGCAGUGCCGCCCAUACACCGUGUGCACUCAUCGUUGGAACACCCCAGUCAAGGAAAUCCAGAUAUUGCCCAACCAACUGAUAUUGCACCGUUGAGGCGAGAGCCAGUUCUUCGAGAUGGACAUGACCCGUUCCGUCAAUUUGGCUUGACCGAUGUACCCAUUCUUAAUAACCCCCAAGGAUUUCAUGAUGGUAAUAAAUUCCGAGUUGGGCACCAACCCAGGCUACUGGCUUCUUCCCAUACCAGGAAUGUGGAUGCCCAGGAUCGUGUUUUACCUUCCAUUGAAAAUCCUUCUUCACCCAGGCGUCCAGUCAGUGGCAGGUUAGAUGGCCUACGCGAAGGGAUUCCCCGGAGCCUGCCAAUUCGCUCAGUGACGCCACAGCGUCUUCCACACCAAAAUGAUCUUCAUAAUACUAGUGGGGACAACUCCAAUGGCCAACAAUUUCCCAAGAGAAGGCGAAUAGCUUAUUACGAACCCGUCAAUGGGAAUCCGCGGUCAGGGAUUGCACCUGGUGUUGUUGAAUCAGUCGUUUCAAAUGUUCUCACAGAUACCCCCACUGGACCACGAUACGCCCCCUAUGAAGUUGCUCCAGAAAAUCACUCCUCCCGGGAAGACUUACACCUACAUAGGAAUUUCAUUACCCCAACCGGCUUAUCUACUACAGGAUGUUGGCCACAGCACCGGGGCUCCCCUGUUCAUGCCAACCCUAGCUUUGAACUUAGACGUGUUGAUGGGCAAAAGGUUUAUGCUGCUCAUAGUCAUUCAGCCGAAGUUUCUAAAGGAUCAUAUGCAAUUCCGUCGACACCAGCCCAUGCCGUUGCCGUGGAUGAUAGUCAUAGGCGACCAGUACAAAUCUCUUUCGAUCCAAAGGCACCCCCUUUUCACCUUGGAAACCAUGAUUAUAGUCGCUCCAGACUACUUGAGGACUCACAACUGCAAGCCCCGACAUGGAGAGACAGAGAUGAUGAGCGCUUCACCGAUAUUUCUAAUAGGAGGCACCUUUAUGCAGAUGAUUUUGUCCGCCCGGUUCCAUACGAACCGGAGCCCCUGGAAUACACCAUGCAACGUCCACGUGUUGCAGAAACUUCUCAUCCAUCUAGGGUCUGGGUUCAUGAUGGCGAGCAUAGAGAUGGGCAUAUUGAUACUAGGGCACCAGUCACGUAUCGCGAUCAUCGACCGUUGGAUCAUCGCGCGGCACCUUUCCAUGGGUAUGCAACCUUUGAAGACACGCAUAGGCCCCUAGGCAGUGACAGGGUACUUGGAUCAUCGUCACAGAAACAGCAGUACGAAGAAUCUUGGAAUUCUGCACGGCAUGUGCACAGCCAUUCUCAAUAUACACCGCAUGCUCAGAUCUGGGAACGUCCUACUUACGUGAGGAGGGUUGAACGCCCAGAACCACCCCAUCCUAUUCCGGAUAACAGACCUAUCGUCAUUGUGGAUUGA